UAUAAUUUUCAAAUACUUACUAUGCAGUUAUCACAUUACGCUGUUUCCUUUCUUUAAAGCAAGUAUCUAGUAACUAACCUAGAAUAAUAGUGAAUUUAUGUUCCGAGAUGAUUAAUUUAAAAUAAAAGUGGAACGAAAGUAAGAAAAAUAUAUUAUUAUUGUAUAAGUUAUAGUUUAUAUGUCUAUAUCUUAGGUAUGACAUCAUUCUGUUUCAAGAAGAUAUUUUUCUUUCCAUAUAUAUAUAUUUAUAUUAACAAUGCUCUAUAUAUGGUAAAACAAAACAACUACGUUGAUUCCAAUUAUAACCCUAGGUCAGAUAAUGUCAGAAAAUUAACAAGUUAUAUUUAAAUAUUAAUUUAUAAUUUAAUGUUAUAUUAAAUAUAAAAUAUAUUUUAUAUACUAUUCAAUUAUUAUGACUGACGGGAGAAAAGUGUUAGGAUGUCAAUGCAAAAAAUUACAAAAGCGAAGGAAAGAAUGCAAAAGAAAGAGACAAACAUUAGUAUAUAAUCCGGAGGAAGAAUUGUGGCAUGAACCAUAUUUAAAAGAUUUACGGAGGGAGUUUUCACGUGUAUCUAUAUUAUGUGAUUCAAAGAUUGAAUUGCCAUGGAAAGAUAUUGUAUUACCAGCAGUUGGCAUGAAAAUUCGUCAAGAUGUUUCCUUGACUCCUUUGAUUGAUCGAGAUGAAAAUGAGAAGGAAGAAAAAGAAACAGAGGAAAAAGAAUCUUUAGGAACUAUGCUUUUACCAUGGAAAGAUUUAAUUAUUACGGAAACUGUACCUUCGAAAAAAGAUGCUAUCGAGAGUUGCGAUUCUACGUUAGAAAUUCCUUGGAAUGAUCUUGUACUCGAAAAGCCAAUGGAUAUACAACCUGUACAAGAAGAGGCUUGUGUUACUACCGAUGUUGAGAUUCCAUGGAAUGACAUUUUAAUACCGCGAAAUAUAAUAAUUGAAUCACAAAAAAAGAAGCAUCCUUCUUCAAAAUAUCCACCUCGAACAGCAAUUACAAAAGGCAAAUGUUGUUGUACAAUUGGAUGCAAAAACAAUUCACCUUACAAAUAAUUUAUAAAUUAAUUUACAUAAUUAUAAUAUAAAUCAUUUUAUAUUAUACAUUUUAUAAUUUAUA